CGCGUUCGCCGAGAUCGAAGCCGGUUUAUUAUUCGGCCAAAACUCGCGAUACACAACUAAUUGCGUCUAUUAACGAGCGCUCGCCAUCUGGUCGAUCAUCGGGAUUCGACGCCGAAAGAUUUCCGACACAUUCGCUCCGCUACGCUUGGACCAUCGCCAUGCGGCGUUUCUUGCUGCUUUCGCUUCUGUUCACGUGUCAACAUUCCGGAUCGUGUUUCGAACGCGACAAGAGGUAUUUGGUGUUUCCAACGCCUGGACCGAACGCACCGACCAAAGUCCAGUUCAUCCUCGGCCUCGGUUUACCCAUGGAAGUCGACGUCAGCACGAUUAUCGGAUAUGUGAUGAAAUUUAAUUACGCCCUGCCCUAUAACGCCUCCUACUUGACGGAUUCAUACGUUCGCUAUGACAGAUCGAUCAGCCCCGACGGUGUCGAGGUCGACGGGGAUGGCGAGCCGAACCCCGAUUACCAAGGAGUGGCGCGCGUCCUCACCAGAUGGGAAAUUUACGAAAUCCUCGAAUCGGCGCUCGGUGAUUCGCGAUCGGGCAAAGCGUGCCUUUUGAGGGCGAUCUGCGAGGCCUCUGCCACGCCUUUCCACGGGGUUCACGGCCUCGCCUCUCAGCUCGUCCGUCUUCUCCUCACACCGUCGACCACCUCCGAGGCGUUCAGGACCGACUUUGAUCGAGUGUAUCACGCCGCUGAAAUUAUGGGCCGACGAGGGAUCGACUCCUGCGACGCUAUAUUUCCCGAAUGCGAGGAGAGCCCCCUGGAUUACUUCACCGAGAUCCAUCCGAACGAUACGCCUAACGCUUCGGAAUACGAGCCGUAUUCGAUCGAUGAAAGAAUAAACUCCGCUUCGUUCUUCCCUUCCGUCCAAAAUUUUCCCCUCCCUCGAAUCGAUUUCAAUUAACGAUUAAAAAAAGCUUCGCAGUAAACGAUUCUCCCUUUAUCGUAUUCUUUUGUCUCACGAAACGAGAGACGACAACAAAAUUGCUCGAAAUAUACCCAAGCAACGAUGAUCGUCGUACGAUGCGUUAACUCAUCCACCCGUCAGAGGAACGUGGAGCGAAAUGGGGGGAAGGGUUGCGGCUGGAACGAAACGCCGUAUCGAAAGCCGGGGAUAAUUUAUGUGCGCCGAUGUCGACACGAUAUUAGAAAUAGAAUCAAGGGGAAGGAAGGGCGCGCGCGCGGGUUCG